AUGUUUGACCAGGAAGCAAUACCUAAAACUGAGCACUUGGGGCAUAAGAAGGAAGGAGAAUACAUUAAACUCAAAGUCACUGGACAGGAUAGCAGUGAGAUUCACUUCAAGGUGAAAAUGACAACACAUCUCAAGAAACUCAAAGAAUCAUACUGUUAAAGACGGGGAGUGCCAAUGAAUAUAAUUGAUAAUCACACUCUAAAAGAGGUGGGAAUGGAGGAAGAAGAUGUGAUUGAAGUUUAUCAGGAACAAACUGGGGGCCAUUCAACG